AUGGCAUCUUCAUCUUCUUCUCCUUCCGCUAUGGCCUAUUCUUCUCAGUUGUGGAAUUACCAUGUUUUUCUUAGUUUUAGAGGAGAAGAUACUCGUAAGACUUUUGUUGAUCAUCUCUACACGGCUCUUAUACAACAAGGGAUCUGCACUUACAAGGACGACGAAACGCUUCCUCGAGGUGAAUUGAUCGGUCCAUCCCUUAAGAAGGCUAUUGAAGAAUCGCAGAUUGCUGUUAUCGUGUUCUCUAAAAGUUAUGCAGAGUCUUCAUGGUGCUUGAAGGAACUUGCCUAUAUUAUGAAAUGCAGGGAUACAAGAGGCCAAAUUGUUUUGCCCAUAUUUUAUGACAUGGAUCCCUCUGAAGUACGAAAACAAACAGGGAAAUACGGAGAAGCAUUUGUGAAACAUGAGUUGGAGAACAAGACCAUUGUUGAAACCUGA